AGUUUAUGUUUUAAAACUACAUGGAUGAACAGCUGGUUUUGUUGAAAGUGAAACUAGCUUGAACGAUGCAAUCUUGUCCACGACGUAUAGUUUCAAAGAAUGCGGUACAGUUUUAUUUAUCUCUCAGACAUUAUUCGCAAAAAUGGGAUGUCGUAAGAAACGCUGAAGUAAGGAGAUUUGCCAGGGAUUGCAUGACAAGUGUUGGAACCAAGCCUGACCACGCAGAAAGCUUGGCAGAAGUUCUGGUGCUAGCAGACUACAGAGGACACUAUAGUCAUGGCCUCAACCGACUAGAUAUGUAUGUAAAGGACAUACAGACUGGAAUAACAGUCUCUGACAAAGACCCGGUCAUUACCAAGGAAUCGGCAGCCACUGCCUUCGUUGAUGGGCAGAAUCUCCUGGGUCCAGUAGUCGGCAAUUUCUGUAUGGACACUGCCAUCACCAAAGCCAAACAAUCUGGAGUUGGUUGGGUUGUGGCUAGAGGUUCUAACCAUUAUGGUAUUGCGGGUCAUUAUGCUAUGAAGGCCGCUGACCAGGGAUUGCUGGGGAUGUCUUUCACCAACACUUCUCCUUUAGUGGUUCCAACUCGAGCAAAGAAGACAAUUCUUGGGACCAAUCCAAUUAGUCUGGCUGCUCCAGGUCUCCAUGGCGACAACUUUGUCUUAGAUAUGGCUACAUCAACUGCUGCAUUAGGGAAGAUAGAACUACAUGAGAGAAAACAGAUUCCUAUCCCGGACAGCUGGGGGGUGGACUCCCACGGAAAGAUGACAAAUAACCCAACAGCCGUGUUAAAUGGCGGAGGUCAGAUGCCAGUAGGUGGAGCAGAGGAAACAAGUGGAUACAAAGGUUCUGGUCUAGGUUUCCUGGUGGAGAUAUUUUGUGGAAUUUUAAGUGGAUCAGCCUAUGGACCAAGUAUCAGAAGGUGGAAAAAUACCACAACAGUAGCAAAUCUGGGCCAAUGCUUUAUUGCUGUAGAACCGAAUUCUUUCAUGCCUGGAUUUGAAGAACGGAUGUCUGAUCUGAUGGAUAUAUGUCGUAGUCUAGAACCGGCAGAAAAAGACAAAGAAGUGUUAGUAGCUGGUGACCCUGAGAGACUCCACAUGACGAUGUGUGACGAUAGCGGGGGGAUUCCUUAUCAUCCUAACCAGAUUCAGUACGCGGUCGACUUGGCAAAGACACUGAAUGUGAAGCCCAUGGUAACAAAUCCACGGACGUGAUAUUUUUAUAAUCCACAAUGUGUAUUAUCAUGAUACAUGUACAGUACAUCAUAUUUUUAUAUGUAAAUCAGUGGAGAAUAUCAGUUAUUAUACAGUACAACACAUUUAUAAGAAAUUCAUCCUUAAUAUUGCGAAGCGACACAUUUAUUCCCCCAUGGAAGAUUUUGCCACGAGAUAUCGAUAUACAAAAUAUAGUGCACCCCUGCUGAUGGGAUGUACAUUCUUGAAGACGUUUCCCUAUCAGGGGCGGAUCCAGGAAUUGCGAUAAGGAGGGAGGGCGCAACGUUUUAAGGCAGGGGGUCGCCUUGAAGCCACAAGUGGGUCCAGGGCAAAGCCCUGGUGGGGGCCCAGCUCCUGGAUUUUAUAGGGCUAGAAACAUGUCUCAUAUGCAGUCAUUUUUACUAUUUUCCGUCAUUUUUGAUUAAGGUGAAAUUAAUAAAAUGACGCAAAUUUUUAGGGUUUUGGGAAAAAAUGCAAGUUCUCCCAAUAAAAGUAAUUCAAUAAAUAAAAA